CACCUUUCUUCAGAGUCGCCCAACUGUCCUCGCGAGUAACUUGUGUCAUUAUCGUUGUAGGUGCAGCAUUUUUAAAUGUUGGAAUAUGUUUCAUACUGUAAUUUGUAAUCGUACUUCGAUAAUAAUGGAUUUGAACUAUAUAUGGAUUUAUUGGAAUUUUUUCAAGAAUUAAUUUGUUGCGAUGAAUGGAGAGCCCACGGAUUUUGACCACGUAGUUCCGGAAUUGAACCUGCCCUCCAGUCACUUGUAUCUCAGAGAGUUUGGCGGAGAGUCCCUAGUGCUUGCGAAAGAGCGUCUCGAAGCAGGAACUGUGCUGGGCACCUACAAAGGGCACCUGCAACAACCGGUCACGGAAGACAGUAACGGUCUUUUGAAAGUUAACCGUUCCGACGGCGGAUCUCCAGUUCACGUGAUGCUUGAAGAUGAAGGCCAUUGGUUGAAACUUAUGAGAACGGCAAAUUUACCCACCGAAGCCAACAUUUGCCUUCGCAUCUCAGGUGGUGACAUUGUAUGCACUGUAACGAAAGACGUAAACAAGGAAGUGGAGCUAAAAGUGACGUGUCGAAUAGUCGAUAAAGAAGAAGACACACAACAAUUUGACAGUAUAGAUUUCAAAUCCGAAAAUUCCCCUACUUGCCCUCUCAAACAAAUUUGCGAGACGGACUCUACAAGGACUUUAUCAGAUGCGUGUGAACCCGAGCAGAAAGAUCAGUGUAUGAAGUCCGAAAAGAUGUUAGAUUUUGCAUCGGAAGCAAUAGUCGAUACUCCAGAAGACAUGUCCUCCAGGCACUCGAUAAGAGACUGUGAACGUGAACAAGACGUGAAAAAGCUUAGAACUCAAAAUUGCGAAGAUAGUGAUAAUGAUGUGAAAGACACGCAAGAUGAAGUGAGCUGUUCAACUGCACACAGACCGCCAUCUAUUGAUGAAAAAGUGGCUGAAAGAAACUAUGUACCAUCUGCCAGUGAAUCGCUUUUACGUGAAAAAACGAAGCCUUCUGAAAGUGCAGCUACAGCGAAGCAUAGAAAUGUAAAAGAGGAAAGGAUCUAUAAAUGUCCAUACUGCAGUUACUCAAGCGUGGAGCCAUAUGAAUUUGACAUGCAUGUUGUGAGUCACAGGUCCAAUCCAGUCAAGAAAGUAGCUACGAAAGUGACAAAUUCUAAGUCAUACUGUGAAGCCUGUAAAAUUCAAUUCAUGUCUGUCGAUACUUAUCUUGUACACAAACAGUUAUAUUGCAAAUCUAGGAACGAAAAGGAAGACACAUCUUCUUCACCUUCCUUGCCAGAAUCAACACCGGGACCUUCCUUUAAACCGAAUGCUGAAACUGUAGUCAUAAGAAGCGGAGUCAAUGGAGGUGUUGCAUCGUCGAUCAUACAGCCACAAGCUAUCUAUGCUGCCAUAUCAACCAAUCCUUUAAUAUUGCUCCCAUGUUCUUUGGUGAACGGCCAGGGGUUGGUUCCGCAGAGCGGUGUAAUUCCAACAGGUGGCCCUGGUAUUGUUCUCCAGACAGGAAUAGCCUGUCCAACCAUUGUGGAGAAGACACCCGCUUUGAAAUCCAAAGAAGAGGGUCCUCCUUCACGAAAAACCAGCCAUCCUAUCAUGAACUUCAGUUCAGAAUCAUCGGAUAAAGUCCUUAGCGCAGCAGCAAGUUCCUUACGGAAACGCAAAAUGAGUGAAGGGGAUGUGUUAAAUCUUAAGAAGACUUGCAACAAUGAAGUGAUUCAACCAGUAGAUUCUGAUGUUGAUAAGAAAGAUUCAAUACCGGCUGCCGUGGAUCAAGAUGCCCCGCUGGAUUUGAGCCUUAAAAAUAAAUUUACCAGUACACUGAGUAAGUCUCCACUGAAACGUAAAAAUUCUGUUAUCUCUGCAGGAAGUCCUUCACCAUCGUUUUUACAUACAAGUGACUCGGGGUCUCCGUCAAGGUCUUCAGUACUACAUUCUCGAGUAACAUUGUCUCCAUCCAGUCCUUACAAUGGCGAAGGCAUUAGAUAUUCUUCUCAUGUCCCAGUUGUAUUACCAAGAGUACCACAUGCUGUUCCUGAUAGAUCAUCUCCAAUACCACCCAUCCUUCAGACUGAUAUUCUAAAUGACAAAACUGUGGUACCUCCAGGUAUGCCACCACCCAAGUUACUCAAACAUGGCAACAAUAUUUGCGAAGAUUGCAACAUUGUGUUCUACAAAUAUGAUAAUUACCUUGCGCACAAAAAACAUUACUGUGCUUAUAGGCGACAGCAGCUAUCUGCUAUAGCCGCUGCAGCAGCUGCUUCAAGCCAAGAGCAUUUAAGUGACGAUAAUAACAGUAACCAUAGUGGUAUUAAUGAAUCAUCCACGAGUUACCAAAGUGAUGAUGCCACUAAAUCAAGUAUACGAAGAAUGGAACAUUCAUCCGAAUCUUUCAGAUCAGUGAUCAACAAAUCUUCACAUGCUGCAGUAUUUUGUUGUGAUGCAUGCGGUGUCAAAUUCAGCACUUCUGACAACCUACAUGCUCAUCAGACUUAUUACUGUAUAAAAAAGGCUGAUAGUGCCAUGUCAAAAGCUGCAGCGUUAAGAGGUGAGAACGGUGAAAGCCCCAAAGGCUUAGAAUCCCCCUUUUCUGGACCCGAAGAAUGGAAAUGCAAUUAUUGUGACGCAACUUGCGCCUCUUAUGACACCAUCCGUCGGCAUUUGUUGACUCACAGUGAGCUUCGAGGGUACCGAUGCAUCGUUUGUGGGUACAAGGGGAACACUAUGAGAGGAAUGCGUUCUCAUGCUUGUGAACACCUCGGCGAAGGAAAUACUUCCAUUGAAGAGUUCGUGUCAAACAAUGUCAUUCCAGAAAAUGGAGUAGUGCCAAUCCUUCCACCUGCCUUAGACCGCAGUGACGAUGAAUCAGAUCAUUCCAAGGAGGGUGGCAGGACCACAACAUCUAGGAGAGAAAGAAUGUACUUAGAAAGAACGAGAGACAGAUCAUCGUCUUUUAAAAGAGACCCUGCAUCGACUGACCAUUCCGAAUCCAAUGAGCUUUCCAACUCUCCAAGAAUAUCUGAGAAUAUUUCCAGAGAACAUGUGCCAAAUACCAUAAGUCCGGUUAAAACUGAAUCGCGUGGUAGUAGUCCUGAUGCAAGCAGUGGGAGUCAUCAAGACACAGUGAACCCUUUGGCCUACUGCGACGUGGUCAUCAAAGCUGAAAAUGACCAUUCAUCGAGUGCCGAAGAUUCUCCAAAAGAACCUCCUCAAGCACAUUACAUAAAAUACGAACCUGAACCGGAGUACGAAAGUGAUGAAAAAUCGCUCGACGUAUCCAAAUCACCUCCUGGUCAGUCGACCUCUGUCAUUCGACGCGCAUCUGAUUUGGAUAAGUCAGAAGAGGGACACUGUCCAUUUUUGCCCUCUAAGAAAAGAAGCAAGUCCCAGAGCAAACAGAACUCUGAAUUAAAAUACUGUAAAUCUUGUGAUAUAUCCUUUUAUCAUCUCUCGAACUUCGUGGCACAUAAAAAGUUUUAUUGCGUUUCGCGAGUCAUGUCGAAUUGUAUUCAAGAAGCUACAACUGUUCAGUGAGCAUUUGUUUUUAUUAUUGAACACACAUAGAAUUGCGCAUUGGUGGACUCAAAUGUGUAUAUUACAUAGCUUUUUGUUAUUCAUUUCUGCAUUAAAAGUGUGAAAAUGCUAAUAAAUUUUAGAGAACAUUUGAAUGACAUGGAUGAUGUAAAGCGUUGGAAAUAAUUACGAUAUGUAGUUGGACAGUUUUUAAACUUACUGAGAAUUUUUCAUGAUGAAACCAUUGUUCGGCUUUCUUUUCUUCUUAGGAAAAUUUGAUAUGCUCAAAUAUAUUUUUAUUCAAGAUUUGUAAAUAUUUGAUAUUGCAAUAGCACUUAAACUUAAUGGAGAUUUUAAGCUAUAAUUCUUGUUGCCAAAUCAAAAGAAAUUCGUCAAAGCAAAUCUCUUAAAUUAUAUCAUCGAUAUUUAAAAUAAACAUUCUAUUUCGAAGCGUAUGGAGACUUAUGGAAAUAGAAGGAUUUAUUUUAAUCGUAUUUAGGUAUUGAUGAUGAUAUUUUUAAUUUAUGUAAAAUAUUUCUUAAAUUAAUUUGUUAAAUACCAAUUAUUUAUUUCAAUGAAUUAAAAAAAAUUGUCUUAUGACAAUUGCAUUUUUUGUUAAUAAGAAAAGUUCGUUUUUCUUACCGGUGAUAAUGCAAUUAUAAAUAUGUUUAUAUAUGUUAUGAUUAUUUACGCAUUUUGAAUUUUACGAAUAUACUUGCAUGGUAUAAAAUAUGUUAAUUUAUUGAAUCAUUCAAUUAAAAACAAAUUACGUUAUUUUGGUUUGUUGAAUUAAUAUGUUAGAUAAAAAUUAAUUUUAAAAAAUUUGGUUUUUAUUUUUAUAAGGCUAUUUUUUUUUCGACAAAUAUAUGAUUUUUGUUAAAUUCUUGUAUUUAUUUAUGGUCAAAUGGAGAUUACAUGGAUAUGAAUGUUUACGCUCUUUUAAAUUUAAAAAUAAUGGAAUAUUAUUGCAAAUAAAUAAGUAAAAAACAUUUAAAUUAUUUUCAAAAACGAUAUUUGUAUUUAAAAAGAAUGAGUUAUUAUGUUUCAAGAGUAAUGAAUGGGAUAUUGAAAUUGAAACUAAGUUUAACUGUGAAGUGAGAUAGACAUUCGAAUGUUUUGAAAUCAGAAUAUGUGUGAAAUUGUGAAACCUGCUUCUUUGUUUCUGUUGUGAGUUAAAGGUGCGUUCUUUUGUGAUAGAGCAUUGUUUAAAUAAAAAAAAAUUGCUCUGCUUUUUAAAAGAAUGCAUUUAUUAGUAAAAAUACUAUUCAUAAGAUGUUUGUCAAUUUUCGAACCCAAUGGAAGAUUGCUUUUGUAUAGCCACUAAAAAUGCAGGUAUUUGAAUAAAUGCAUUUACUAUUUUAA